AUGUCAAAGAAAAAGAAUAGUGUUAGUGCAAUAAAACAGCACGAAAAUACAGAUGAACAAACAAAGAAUAGAUUAUUUUCCGAUAUUGAUAACAAAUCUAUCGAAAACGUCAGCUACACAUUUGAUUAUCAAUCAUCACAAAUUGAUCAAACAGUCAAUCAACACUUAAUACCAAAAGGCGUUGUUGAUAUGGAUGAAUCAAUUAACACUCCUAUAAGAACUUCAAGCUCUCAUCGUCAACAUCAUACAAAACCAUACACAAUCAUUCGACCGACGCUGAAAGAUGAUAGAGAUUAUGUUUAUUUGCCACCUAUUAAUCAUCAUUCUGAUAAACAUUAUUCAUAUGAAUAUGAUUAUAAACAAUCUAAUUAUCAUCAUCAUCAUCAUCAUCAUCAUCAUCAUCAUAACAAUAAUAAUCAUUAUCGUUAUGAUAUACAUGGAGGAACAUAUGAUCCUCGCUGGUGGUAUAUGCCUAUCAAUUCAGUUCAUGGACCGAAAUCACCGAGACGAUUCAAUCACAAUUAUAUUCCUCCAAAAUGGUAUGAAUUGCCUAGCAGAUAUUAA